AUGGCCUCGGCCUUUACGAGCUCGUGGCUCUCGCCGCGGCUGCUGCCGGUGGUCUUCGGCGCCGGGCCGCACCUCGACGACGCGCUCGGCGGCGCUGACGACGGCGGCCACGACGGCGGCCACGACGGCGGCCACGACGGCGGCCACGACGGCGGCGCCCUCGUCCUCGACGACGCCCUCGACGGCGGCGCCCUCGGCGACGACCGCGACGACGUCGAGACCGCCCACGACGGCGGCGCCCUCGGCCUCGUCGCCGGCCACGCCCACGACGGCGCCCACGACGGCGCCCACGACGCCUCCGACGAGCUCGGCGCCAUGGUCACGACGCGCAACGCCGAUAAACGCCGGCCGAGUGCGCCGCCACCGGCGGCAAAAUCCCGCGUGCCCAAGCCGCCGGCGCGGCCGACGCGGCGCUGCGUCGAGAAGAAGAAGCGCAGCGACAAGGAGAAGCUCCAGAGCCAGGCCAAGGGCAGGGCCGCCAAGAAGGAGCGCGCGGCGUCGUUGGUCUCGGCGGCGAACGCGCGCAAAAGCGAGAAGGACAACGCGAGCAACACGCGCACGGUCGACCUGGACCUCCCGGCGCCGCGCCUCGAGGUGGGCUGCGUCGGCGUCGGCGACGCGGCGCUCUACGCGCACAUGAAGGCGCGCGGCCAAGGCACGAUCCGCCUGCCGGGGAUCCAGGUCCAGCAGGAGUGGGCGACCCAGCUCGCCAGCGGCCGCAAGGCCAUCGAGGUGCGGCCCUACCGCCUCGACCCGUCGAGGCGCGCGAAGCCGCACUGGAUCAUCAAGACCACCGGCCAGCUCGAGGACGCACGCGUCGUCGGCGUGGUCAAGUUCCGCGAGGACAGGCCUUACGUCUACACGUCCGCCGCCCAGCUCGAGCACCACAAGGACCUCGCGCUCGUGGGCGCGGCCUACUUCGAGUCCGCGCGCAAGACGCUCUACGGCUGGCCCGUGGAGUGGGCGGCGGAGCUCUUCUGCGACACCGCGAUCGACGUCCCCGCCAACAAGGGCCAGAGCGGCAUGGUCGCCGACUUCCCGGGCGUCCUCGCCGACGACAGCCUCAAGGCGCGCGACGACGGCGCCGCCGGGCUCGAGCGGCUCGCCGUCGUCGCGCCGGCCUUCCACGGCGACGACGCCGACGACGUGCUGGCGCUCCGCGAGGACGUCAACGACAACGACGUGCUGGCGCUCCGCGAGGACGUCAACGUCGACGACGACGACGACGACCCCGCGCCGCCGCCGUCGCCGGAGCCGCUCCUGCCGCUGCCGCCGCCGCCGCGCGACGACGACUCCCCGGCGCCGCCGCCGGCGAUCCUCGCCCAGUUCGUGGCCCGCCCCGUCGUGCCCAAGCGCGGCCUGCGGCCGUCCGAGCAGCAGAAGCCGAAGAAGCAGAAAACGCCCAAGACGGAGGUCCAGAGAAAAAAAGAGAACAAGAAGAAGAAGGAGAAGAAGAAGAUGAAGAAGAAGCAGCUGCGGGCGUCGACGACGACGACGACGAUGGGCGCCGCCAUCGUCGACGCCGGCUCCCGCGCCCUGGUCGUCUCCGGCGCCGUCGUCGCGCCGAACGCGUCCGAGGCGCGCGGCUCCUACGACUACCCGCGCGCCGACGAGCGCCGCCGCGGCCCCUUCCACGACGACCGCCCCUUCUACGACGACCGCCCCUUUUACGACGACCGCCGCCGCGGCGCGUUCUGCGACGACCGCCGCGGCUACGACGACUUCCGGCGCGGCUACGACGACGACCGCCGCCCCUUCUACGACGACCGCCGCCGCGCCUUCCGGGGCGACGACUUCCGCGGCUACGACGACGUCCGCCGCCGCGACGCCCGCGGCUACGACUUUGGCGACGGCGGCGUGACGCCGGCGCCCGCGCGGGUCCUGACGCCCAUCUUCCUCGGGCCGCCGCCGCCGCCGCGGCCCGCGCCGCGGCUCGCGCAGCAGCUCUUCUCGCCGCCGCAGUUCCAGCAGCAGCUCCUCUCGUCGGCGCCGCCGCAGCUCCAGCAGCUCUCGCCGCCGCCGCCGCCGCCGGAGCAGCUCUUCUCGGCGCCGCCGCCGCGGCGGUUCUUCUCGGCGCCGCCGCCGCGGCUCCAGCCCUCGCCGCCGGAGCUCCAGCAGCAGCUCUUCUCGCCGCCGGAGCAGCUCCAGCAGCUCCAGCAGCAGCCCUCGCCGUCGCCGCCGCCGCCGCCGGAGCAGCUCUUCUCGGCGCCGCCGCCGCCGCGGCAGCUCUUCUCGCCGGCGCGGCUCCAGCAGCAGCCCUCGCCGCCGGAGCUCCAGCAGCAGCGCCUCUCGCCGCCGGAGCAGCUCCAGCAGCCGUCGCCGGAGCAGCUCCAGCAGCCGUCGCCGCCGCCGCCCCAGCAGCAGCGGCCGUCGCGCGCGCCCGGCGUAAAAAAUUUACCGUACUCCACCCGCGACGACGCAAAGUACGCGGCGCGCGCGGCGGGUGCUGCCGCGCUCGCACAGCCCUACCACGCGCUCGCGACCGACGAUGACCCCAACCUGACGGAGCAGCAGCUCCACGGGCUCGCGGCGCGCGUGACCUGCGAGCGCCUGCGCCAGAACGCGAGCUCCACCAAGCGCAUGACCCACUACCUGCAGAGCCGAGAGCCCGACGUGACCUUCCUCACGGCGUCGACGGACCAGGGCGACUCCUCCACCAAGCCCCCCGCGCCGACGAAUCCGGCCGCGUGGGGCCGCGCGGAGCGCGACUUCCACGAGUUCGUCGCCGACGACGUGCGGCGGGCCACGGAGCGCCGCUGCGAGAUCCAAAAGUACCUCGACAGGUGGGGCCGCCGCCGGCCGAUCGUGAUGCGGCGCCGCGGCGCGCGCGACGGCGCGCUCGGCCGGCGGUACGACGUCGAUCCGGAGCUCCGGAUCGACGUCGUGCUGCGCGCGAACCUGGAGGGCCUCGCGACGAUCGACGGCGACUGGGCCAUCCAGUACCUGCCCGACAAGCUCAACGCGCUGCGCCGGCCCGCCGGCGGCGAGCGGCCGGGCCGCGCGGCCGCGGGCUACGUCCUCCCCUACGAGAGCUACGCCGUCGAGCUCGACGACGGCGGGCCGCCCGUCGCCGUCGUGCUGCGCGACGCGCUCACGCCGCUGGCCCGCCGGGGCCUCCUGCUGGUCAUGCGCUGGCAUAGCCAGUUCGCCGCGGGCGAGGCCAAGAGCGCGAGCGGCGUCUUCCCCGAGCACCCCGUCGGCUCCUUUGACGCCCAGUCGCUGGCGCACUGCUACAAGACCGUCGAGAUCAGAAAGGCGUUGUUCUCCUACAUCCUCGACCACCGCGAGGUGCGGCUGGCGCCGGUCCUCGCGGCCAAGGGCCACUCCGUCUACACGAACCGCGCCGGCAAGAACGUCACCUGGAAGCCCUUCCGCAGGUACCUCGACCGCCAGGGCCUCGCCCUGUCCGAACUCAAGGGCUCCUGUGACUGCGUCCAGGCGCUCCUGCGGUGCGUCGAGGACCGCGCGCGCCGCGUCCUCGCGCUCAUGGGCCACGAUGUGGCCGAAGGCGCCGAAAUAUACAAGGCCUGCUGCACGAUCCUCCAGUACGCGAUGAGCCAGGUCGCCGUCCACCGCGACAAGAAGGACAAGGUGCCGACAUGCCUCCUCGGGGGCACGGCCAACCCGAACGCGCCCUACGUCGCCGGCGAGCUCGUCCUGAUCACGGGCGCGAUCCUCGUCGACUACAAGCUCGGCGACAUGGUCUUCCUCAGCGGCUCAAAGGUCCUCCACGCCGUCUGCCCGCUGUGCCGGCCCCCGAACCCGGCCGACGACGACGACGACGACGACGACGCGGACGCGGGCCCGGCGUCGCGCUUCGACGACCUGCCAAUCCGCUUCACCAUGGCCAUUUUCGCCCACGUGACGCCGACGACGCCCCCGGAGCCGGGCACCCCGCUCUACGACGCCGACCCGGCGCUGCCCGCGGGCUCGCGGCGGACCCGCGUCGCGGUCGUCCCCUUUGGUUCAAACGCUUAG